AUUUCCUCGCGGCUACCUCUCUCGCUCGAUUCUCAUUCCUGAAAUCACUCUCACGAAGGUAACCGGUAUCUGAAGAAUCAGAAAAAUGGUUUCCUUUGAAAUGAACGAUCGAAAAAAAAUUGGGCUGGGAUUAACGGGAUUUGGCAUAUUUUUCUCAUUUCUGGGAAUUAUCUUCUUUUUUGACAAGGGCUUGCUUGCCAUGGGAAAUGUCCUUUUCAUAUCAGGAGUGUCCUUAACCAUUGGUCUGAAGUCCACCAUGCAAUUUUUCAUGAAACCUCAAAAUUUUAAGGGAACAAUUUCUUUUGGUGUUGGCUUCUUUUUUGUUGUCAUUGGAUGGCCUAUCAUUGGCAUGAUAUUAGAGACUUAUGGAUUCGUCGUACUCUUCAGUGGUUUUUGGCCGACUCUGGCAGUGUUUCUGCAGAGGAUACCCUUUCUUGGUUGGGUGUUCCAGCAACCAUAUGUCAGAUCGUUGUUGGACCGAUAUCGGGGCAGGAGGGUGCCUGUAUGAUGUCCUCCCCAAAAGUGGAAAUAGUGAUAGGCUAAUCGACUUUUGUAAGUCCUCUUCACUGAGUGUGUUGAAUUGAAUGGAGUUCUUAUGAACUAAAUAGGCGCAAGUGGAAUGAAUGGAUGGAAAGAAUGAUGCGAAUUUUAUAUAUCGA